AUGUCACGUCUCGAAUCCCAUUGACAACUGCGAUCUCCGCACAUUUCGCCCCAAAACGGAUGUCUCCAUAAUGCAAGUGUUCAAAUAGAACAGGAAGUGAACGACUGCAGCUCAAUAAAAAAUGUUUAACGGAAAAAUCGAGUCAUUCGAGAUGAGCGAAUAGAGUUCGUCGUUGGAGUUCAGUGGAUAGUUUAGAGUGAAGUACAAUAACGAAGGAUGGAUUACGCGUUAUUCCAAAUAAUUGAACAACAAUCGUAGCUCUGUGAAAACCGUGCAUGGACGUCACGUUUGCACACGUCAUCUGAACAGCGCCCUCUGUGCCCUGAAAACCCUCCUCUCUGUCCCGUGUGAUAUGUCGAAUAUACGCUGGCAUAAAUCAACAGCUUAUUAGGUUAAUAAAUAGCUCAUUGCCGAGACAAUCGGUGCAUCAAGAUGGUACUUAUUGCGAGUGCGGUAUGCACCAAGGCUGGGAAAACGAUUAUCUCCCGUCAAUUCGUCGAGAUGACGAAGGCGAGGAUAGAGGGACUCCUGGCAGCAUUUCCGAAGUUGAUGAGCACGGGGAAGCAGCACACGUUUGUGGAGACUGAGUCUGUUAGGUAUGUGUACCAGCCUAUGGAGAAAUUGUACAUGCUACUGAUUACGACGAAGGCCAGUAAUAUUCUGGAGGAUUUGGAGACUCUCAGAUUGUUCGCUAGAGUUAUUCCAGAAUACUGCAAAUCAAUGGACGAAUCAGAGAUCUCAGAGCACGCCUUUGAAUUGAUAUUCGCCUUCGACGAGAUAGUAGCCCUCGGAUACAGGGAAAACGUGAACCUCGCACAGAUUCGCACUUUCGUGGAGAUGGACUCCCACGAGGAGCGAGUGUUCAACGCGGUACGUUACACCCAAGAGCGUGAGGCGAAGAACAAGAUGAGGGAGAAGGCGAAGGAGCUGCAGAGGCAGAAACUGGAGGCAAACAAAAAGGGAGGAAUGAAGUCCUCAGGUUUUGCCGGGGGCUACGGCAAUAACAGUGGAGGUUUCAACUCGAGUCCAACAGUCGGUGACUCUGCGAAUUUCGUGCCUGAACCAGUGAAGCCCAGCUACACUCCAGCAGCCAAACCGACAGCUGCUGGCCCAGGGGCCAUGAAACUAGGUGGCAAAGUUCGGGAUAUAGACUCAUUCGUGGACCAAUUGAAAGAGGAGGGGGAGAAUGUCGUGGCGAAUGUCAAGUCACUGGACACGAAGGCAACACCGACGUCCCAACAGAUCAUCCAUACAGAGCCUGUGCACUUGAGGCAAGAGGAGAAGCUGAAUGUGCGCGUGGGAAGGGACGGUGGGGUCCAGCAGUUCGAGCUGCAUGGUCUCGUCACCCUGAACAUAUCUGACGAACAGUGGGGAAGGAUACGUGUCCAGCUGGAGAACGACGACAGCAGGGGAGUCCAGCUUCAGACGCAUCCCAAUGUCGACAAGGAUUUGUUCAGGAUGAAGGGACAGAUUGGAUUGAAAGUACCCAGCAAACCAUUCCCUCUUAACACUGAUGUUGGAGUGCUCAAGUGGAGGCUGCAAUCACAGGAUGAAUCAGCUUUGCCUAUUUCUAUAAACUGCUGGCCCUCAGAAAACGGUGAAAACGGAUGUGACGUUAAUAUUGAAUAUGAGUUGGACCACGCAGAGUUGGAACUAAACGAUGUACAGAUUAACAUUCCACUCCCCAUGGGCUGCACUCCAAUAGUGAGUGAGUGCGAUGGAGAGUACAGUCACGAGGCCAGGAGAAACCAGCUGGUUUGGUCACUGCCACUUGUUGAUGCAUCCUCGAAGUCUGGCUCCAUGGAGUUCUCAGCGCCGUCCUCAACACCCUCAGACUUUUUCCCACUUCACGUAUCGUUCACAUCGAAAACUUCAUACGCCAAAAUUAAAGUUAUCGAUGUGCAAUUAGUUGACGAUGGAAGCCCCGUUAAACACUCAGUCGACACUGUAUUCCUCACGGACAAUUACGAAGUGGUAUAAUCAUUUUAUUUUGUAUCUAUAAACCAUGUUAACGUAGGUGAUGAUGAUAAGGCGCACGAGGUAAUGAAUUUUACGAAAAAAAAAAUAUUUCUUUAUCAGAACGUCGGUAUAUUGUUUUAAAAUAAAAUGAUCCUGGAUAUAAUUAUUUGGGAAUUUGUACGGUUUCGUAAAGCCACAUUUGGCGAAAAUCCAUGGAAACUAUUGUGAAUAAUUAAAUGGUAUUUAGAAUGUAAGAAACAAUAAAAUAAAAUGAUAAUUAAUCAUGUUAAUGCGGCCACGAAACCUGGGAUUCAAUGAAUACGUGACUGUUAUUACUGCGAAAAUAGUAUUAAGAAGAUCUUUUGGCUUUUUCGUUCAUCUUCUCUCCUCCGCUCUUUCAAGGUCCAUCCUUUUUUUAAUUUAAGAUUAUGUUUGGAUGUACACAAAAUAUAUGUAGAUAUAAAACUUAUUUGUUUAAUUAUUAAAAACAGAAUUAAAUUAACAAAUAUGUACAAAUA